AGUUUAGCCAUCCAUCGACGCCGUUGUUCACGCCGUUCAGUCCAACCUGCCCAGCCAACGGAGCCAGCUCGCGGUCGCGGCCAACAGCCAACACUAUUUGUGCCUUGGAAGCCUUCGAGGGUCGUCGUUUAUGCCAUAUCGGUGCGCGGCGUGCGUUGGCAAGAACUGUUGUUUUCAAAGUCAAGUUGGCAAAAGCAUCAUAAUCGUUUCGAUCGAUCUCGAGUGCGGACAGCGCUGUGUGGGCUUCUCAGCCGUUUACUCGUUGGGUGUGCAUUAAUUGGAACAUAGAGCAAGUGCUAAUUCUUAGUGAAGCCCCCGCAAAGGAAUCGAAAGUGACUGGUUUUCCCUCUUUAGUUGUGCGACCGUACGAGCCAAUUACCUUCAAGUUCAAGUGUACAGUGCUUCGAGACAAGAAAACCAGGGGAAAACGACAAACCCGUGUGGCAAAAUGUUGAUAACAAUGAAAAUAUUUCUGAUUUCGACGUUCGUCGGCGGUGGCUUCGUGAUUUAUCAUUUUAUAGAUGCCCAGGCGCAACAUCUGCUGGCCCAGGCCCUCUACCUGGGCGAUCCGAACUCGUACAACACCUCGAAGGAGGACUGCGUGUGGAAGCGCGGCAACGGGGAGGACCGCUGCCCCGAUGCGGACAUCCGGACCAUCCUGUACACGUCCGGCAUCGUGAAGGAGAAGUUUGUGUUCGAUAUGGACCACCCCGACUGGUUGAACGACACCGAAUGGGAGCCGGCAAAGGAGAACAUCAUUCUAGUUCACGGCUACGCCGGCGGUGACGAUACCUUGCCGAUUGCGGUUCUGCGAGACGCCUACAUCAAGCACGGUGGGUACAACGUGUUCCUGGUGGACUGGGGUGCGCUGGGACAACCCCCGUGCUACGUGGCUGCCGUGUACAACAUCCGUCCGAUUGCGGCCUGUUUGUCCCAGACGGUGAUGAAACUUCGUCGGCUGGGACUGCCCCCAGAUCGGACGACUUGCGUUGGACACUCGCUCGGAGCUCACAUCUGUGGACUGAUGGCGAAUCAUUUGAACUUCCGACUUGAGCGAAUCAUUGCUCUGGAUCCUGCCCGUCCAUUGAUCAAACCAGGAAACAUGAACCGGCUGGACAGUGGCGACGCCAAAUCCGUCCAGGUCAUCCACACGAACGCCGGCCACUACGGAGAGGGUGGACGAGUUGGCCACAUCGAUUUCUGCAUCAACGGAGGCCGUCGGCAGCCAUACUGUGGCAACAGCACAAACAUCAACCUGUGCAGUCACAUCUGGGCCGUGUGCUACCUGGCGCAGUCCAUCUUCGAGGGUAUGGAACCGAUGGCGGAACCGUGUAACCGACGAUGCCCCACCAACGUGCUGAUUCCGCCGGGACGGCAAGGUCGAGGCCGCUUCGGGUACGCCAUCGGAUACGCGAUCCCCAUGGGACAAAAGACACCGAUGAGUGCUUCCGGUUCCUACUGCAUCAAGGACACCACGCCGCCAUUCUGUCCGACGAGUGCGACAUCGCCGGGAGAUCUGCGGUGCUGCAUAUGAACGACGAGAAAAGUGUCGUUCCGGGUCAGAGUCGCGCCGCUGGCAAACCCAGUUCUAGCUCACUAAUCUAUAAUUGUGCCUAAGUAUGGCUGCCAAGUAGUCAAAUUAUAUUUAUUUUUAUACACGUAGUAAUAAGGGUACCGCAGUUUGAAAUGACAUACCCGUGUUUUGUUCUUGUUUUUAGAAGAAGAAAGAAGUAUUACUAUCUAGACAGGAAAACUAUCGGAACAAAUUAUCCACAGAGACGAAAACAUUGUUGUUAUGAUCGCAUUUGUGUCUACUGUGAAGAAUGAGAUUUGAUGUGAAAAAUUGAUAUUUUCUGUUAGCUUCUGCUAUCUUUUACUAUUAGAAACACCAGUUUAUAUUCUAUAAAAUAUUGUGAAUUUUAAAGAUCUGAAAUAAAAAAUAUCGAACAAUUGA